AUGGUAUCAGCCGCAAAAACGAUCAUCGUCGAGCAUCUCGACCCUGAGCUUGGGCCUUGGUCAGAACUCGAGUACAAGUGCAUCGCCAAGGAGAGCCAUGAGAGAAACAGUGACUUCAUUCUGUCUUGUCUGCCCGAAGGAUUCAAGGUUCCAGAGGAUCUCGCCAGCAGCCCUGCGUUCAAGGCUGAGCAUCGCGGUGUGGAGGAGCUGUAUGCGGACAGCCGAAACCAAGUCUGCCUCCUAGAUCCGGCGGCCUCUAAGGACCUGUCUCCUGAGGACGGAGACAGCUUUAACGUGUUUCUGUUUGGUGGAAUCCUUGGCGAUGAUCCGCCAAGAGAUCGCACAUCGGAACUCAGGAAGAAGGGAUUCGCGGGGCGUCGUCUAGGCGCCAAACAAAUGACUACCGACACCGCCGUUCGUGUGACGAGAAUUGUUGUUCAGGACAAGAUCGCCCUCGACAAGAUCGACUACGUAGACUUUCCCGAGCUCAAGUUCAACAAAUACGAAAGCACAGAGAUGCCUUUCCGCUACGUCAAGGUUAUCCACUUCAACAAACGCAAAAAUACAAACUAUUACCUCAGUACGUCCGGUGAGAAUAAAGCGUGGUGGCUCGUUACACCGGAUAUAUUACCUCGCGGCCGAUUCACGGGUUAUACGAAUACAGGAUCUGCCUCUGGAAACACAAAAUCAUACAUGAUACUACUUGAGGGAGCCGGAAACUUGCUUCGCCUCGAUUCUUACCGCCCGGGCCGUGCAAGUGAGGCUGAGUACGGCAUCUUGCCUCGGACUGAUAUUGACCGGUCUGCGUCUUCCGAAACGAACCCAUGA